AUUUCAUUCCUUCUUAUGCUUAUCUCUCUUCUCUGUGCUGAGUUUCUCAACUAUUUUAUACAAUUCUAUACUUCUACGCAUCAAUUCUUUUUAUUUUCUUCAUGAAUCUUCCGAACUCCGUCACCCUUAACCCCAUCUAAUAUUUAUUAACUUCUUCUGAUCAUUUUGAAACUAUCUGUGAUGGGUUGGGUUGACUGAUAUCAUUCCUUUUAUCAAAUCCUUAACUUUUGGGGUUGGAUCAUGGUUUCUUGUUGGAUGUUCCUUUAUUUUUCAUAUACGACUGAAUGUAGAGCUUUUUACUCUUGAAUUUUUUGCACGGGGUCAUAUGAGUAUCGGAUUUUUUCUUAGGUGAAUAAUAAUACAUCAUUGCUUAAAACUGAUGUAAGACUAACAAUCAACGCUGCCCGUCCGUCGAUUUUCUUGUAUUUGGAAUGAUAGGAAUACGAAUUUGGAUUUUUGCGCAGUUUUUUUCACUGUUUCUCUGCUGUACCAUAAAAUACACUGAUAUAUAAUUAUUUUGAUGUUUUAAAAUAUAAUAAAAGUCUUUUCAAUAUAUCAAAGUCGUGUAUUUUGGAAACUGGGAUACCACAAAACAGCCUUAGCAGAGAAACUGAAUUCUAGGAAUAAAUACUUAAAUAUGUGGCUUUGAACUUUCUGAGUUGUGCAUAGAUUAUUAAUUAUGUAUGACAUGUGGGAUUAGUUCUUCUCUGGAUGCUUCUUGCACAGGUCGGCUAAUUUCUAAAUAAUUAGUGACUAGAAAAAUAUGUUUUAUCCUUUUCUUGACCCUGUCUCACAUUCUCCCUUAUUUUGCUGGCCUUUCACAUGAUUUUGUAUUUCUUAAGCUUUAAUUAUAGAAUUUUAAUUAUGAUUGCAGAUGUUGCUUACUGACAACUUGGAUACCAAUGUUUUGCAGACUUCAGUGUUCUGAAAGAUUUCUGGUGUUGGUGCAUACAUAUUUCACCUCUAGCACAUCCUGCUUCUUCUUAAUUCCUUAGGUGAUAAGAAAAUGCAAUUGUAUCAUCAUCCAUUUGAUUUGGACAGCCAGAAGGUGAGACUUGCGUUGGAAGAGAAAAGCAUUGAUUACACAUCACACCAUGUCAAUCCUGUAACUGGCAAGAACUUGGAUUCUUCAUUCUUCAAGAUGAAUCCUGGUGGAAGACUCCCAGUUUUCCAAAAUGGCUCUCACAUUCUUUACAAGACUAUUGAUAUAAUCCAGUACAUAGAAAGAAUUGCCGUGUUCUCCUCUGGGUCUGAAAAUAUCAGUAGCAGUAACAAGGAAGUGAUUGAAUGGAUGCAGAAGGUACAAGAGUGGAAUCCAAAGUAUUUUUCCCUUUCCCAUGUACCAGAGAAAUACAGAAUAUAUGUUUCUAAGUUCUUAAGAAGAGUGGUGAUUGCUCGAAUGUCCGAGUCACCAGAACUAGCAGGUGCUUACCAUAGGAAGUUAAAAGAAGCAUAUCAAACUGAAGAGAGAGUGAAAGAUUCAGAAGUGUUGAUAAGGAGCAGGGAGCAUUUGAUUAGGCUGCUUGAUGAAGUAGAGAAGCAGCUGAGUGAAACGCCUUAUUUAGCAGGUCAAGAGUUUACUAUGGCUGAUGUAAUGCUCAUUCCAGUGUUGUCUCGUUUAGUGCUCUUGGAUUUAGAGAAAGAGUACAUAACUGGGAGGCCAAACAUUGCUGAGUAUUGGGUUUUGAUUCAGCAGAGGCCUAGUUAUAGGAAAGUGAUUGGUAGGUAUUUUGAUGGUUGGAAAAAGCAUAAGACAUUGUUAAAAACUUGGUGCUUUGUUCGUGUUAGAAGUUUGCUGAAGAGAUACUGAUGAAGUGUAUACUGGUUGGCCAAGGAAAACUGCAUAAGUGAAUAUAAGAAAGCUUUUUGUGUGUUGUAGAUGAGUUGUUGUUAUCAUAAACAUUGUAUUUUUCCUUUUUGGUGACAAGUAUAACUUUUUUGGAGAAAAGGGGGAUUCAUUUUUCUUUCUCCCUUGCCAAAUGGCGAUGCUGAGUACUAAGCUUGGAUUUGUGUUAGUUCAAUCAAUUAGCAAUUUAUGUGCAAUGUUGUACCCUGAUAUGGGAAGAAUUCCUUCA